AAGGAGGCGGUCCUACGAAACUCUCGCGAGAGGAUAGUUUGAAAAAGUGGCGCUUCAACGUCUUUCCAGACAGAAGUUUCAAAAGCGAUUUCUUGCAGUAACAUCAACAUGUCUGGAGACAGUGAUCUAGAGAUUGAAGAGGCUUUCCGGAGAGCACAGAAAGCUCAUAAUAACAAGGCCAAACUUGUUGCCAGUUUGAAGAACAGAUAUAAUAAGUUGGAAGAUAAGACUGAAUUCCACGAAGAGUUCAUCCGCUGCCUGAAGUAUGCCAUGAUCAUUUACACCCGAGAGCCGGCGGUGGAGAAUGUCAUUGAGUUUGUCACAAGGUUUGCUGCUAGUUUCGAAACUCCUGUUAAUGAGAACGCUGAAGAGGAGGAGGAGGAGGAGGGGGACGAAAAUGAGUUUUUGAACGUCCUGCUCAACUUCCUGUUAGAGUCUCAUGGUGCAAACAGCCACGCGGUGAGGUUUCGUUCUUGUCAGCUGGUGAAUAAGCUCCUUGGCAGUCUGAGUGAGAAUGCUCAGAUUGAUGAUGAUCUGUGGGAUAGGAUCCACGAGGCAAUGCUGAUCAGAGUCACAGACAAAUACCCUAAUGUCAGGAUUCAGGCAGCACUGGCGAUGUCCAGACUCCAGGACCCCAGCAACUUGGACUGUCCCACUAUUAAAGCUUAUAUGCUGCUUUUGGAAAAUGACUCAAACCCUGAAGUUAGGCGAGCUGUGCUGUCUUGCAUCGCUCCCUCGGCCACUACACUUUCUAAAAUCUACAAGCGCACCCGGGACGUCAAAGAGAAAGUCAGGAAACUUGCUUAUCAGGUGCUGGCAGAGAAAGUGCAUAUUCGAGCACUGAGCAUUGCUCAGAGAGUCAGUCUAUUGCAUGAAGGUCUCAGUGAUUCUGCAGACUCAGUGAAGGAGGUCGUCAAGACCCAUUUGCUGCCUGCUUGGCUUCGCAUGCAGCAGGGAGAUGUUUUGCAGUUGCUUCACAGAUUGGAUGUAGAGAAUUGUGCAGAAACUGCGAUGACUACUUUACAAGCCAUCUUCUCCAUGGCAUCAAGCCCCGAUGACCUCCUGCAGAACGGGGUCAGGCUGAAUGAGAGGAAACUAAUCCCCGUGGACUCCCUAACAUGUGAAAAUGUGUUGUACUGGAGAGCGUUGUGUGAGUUUGUCAAGAAUAAAGGAAACGAAGGUGAGGAAUUACUGGAGCAGUUACUCCCAGAGACGGCCAUCUUUGCUGAGUACCUGUACAGUUAUCUAAAGAGCAUCACUCAGCUGUCUGAGGAGCAGAGAGCAGAUAUGACACAGCUUGAGAUGGUGAUGACCCAAGAGUUCAUUGGACAGCAGCUGAUUCUUCUAGUCGGGUGUCUGGACACCUCUGAAGAAGGCGGCAGGAAGCGCAUGGUUGCAGUGCUGCAGGAAGUUCUUCUGAUGUCCAACACGCCCAGCUCUCUGAUUGGUCUGCUAGUGGAGAAACUGAUUGGAAUUCUACGAGACGACGCACAGAAAAUUCAGAUGAUCGCUGAAAUAAUAUCUGACGUGAGAGAGCCCAUUUUGCCCAUCUCUGAACCUGUGGAUGAGAAUGAGAAACGCAGAAAACAAGUCAAACUGGCUGAGGUUCGGGUGCAGAUAAUGGAGGCGAAGCAGACUCUAGAAGAAUGCAUCAGCUGUCAGGACUUCAGUCGCGCAGCUGAGCUGAAAGAAUCCAUCUCUGAGCUCGAGGAGCUGAAGAACCAGCUCGUCCUGGAGGCGUCACAGUCUGCUGACAACAUCAAGGAGCAGCGUGUGGAAAAGUUUCCACAAAAAUAUGAAGCAGCACAACUGAUAAUGAGCGAUCCAACCACCUUGCUGAAAUGUCUGACAAUGUGUGCCGAGCUGUUCAAGCAAAUGAACAUCAAGAGAGGAAUCUGCCCUACAAUGAAUGCUCUGAUUGAGUCACUGAUACUGCCAGGUGUGUCCAACCCUAACCCUGCUGUUCGCAACAUGGCUGUCACCUGUUUGGGAACCGCUGCCCUCCACAGUAAAGACCUUGCCAACACACACCUUGUGCUGCUCUUGCAGAUCACACAGCUAGACGAGCCUAAAAUCCGGAUCAGUGCUCUCCGUGCUCUCAUCGACCAGCUCCUGCUCAAUGGCCUCAACAUCCUGCAAGACAAGCCUGCUCCUGUCUCCCAAGACGACAGUAACGAGCAGCCUGAACAUCAAGCUGAGGAGGAGAGUACCAUUCAGAGCAUCCUGAAGAUGCUCUCAGACUUCCUUGAUAGUGAGAUCUGUGAGCUCCGCACAGAGACCGCAGAAGGUCUGGCAAAGUUGAUGUACUGUGGGAGAAUCCUGAGUCCAAAGCUGUUGUCCCGUCUGGUGCUGCUGUGGUACAAUCCUGUGACCGAGGAUGACCAAAGACUGCGCCACUGCCUGGGGGUGUUCUUACAGCUGUAUGCCCGCGCCAGCAGAACAAAUCAAGAAUGUGUGGAGGAGAGUUUUCUUCCAACCAUGAGAACUCUGUUUAAUGCUCCUGUGACAUCUCCGUUGUCUGAGGUAGACACAUCCAACGUAGCUGAACUGUUUGUUGAACUAACUCGACCCAGCACUCUUGUGAAGCCUGCAGCCGUACAGGCUGUGUCUGUGCAUGACUCUCUGGCAGUGCGUGUCUGUAAUGAAAUCUUGCGAGACAUUUCUGCUCCCGAGGUGCGUCUCUUCUGUAAAACUCUCAGCUGGCUGGAGAUUAACACUGAACCUGGACCAGCUAACAGUGAAUUGCAACUCCUGUUAAAAGACAUUUUACAGGAAGUAAAAGAUAAGCACUGUAUAAGGAUUAUUGAGAAGCUUUGUAACCAGCUAAAUGGAGAUCGUUGUUCCAAAUCAGCUGGUGCCCAGGACACAACUUUGCAGAACUUGGAUGACAACAAUGGAGAGGUGAACAAAGAUGAAACUAAAGCUAAACGUGCAAAAAGAGGCCAGAAAAAAGCUUCCACAGCAAAGAAUGGCAAGAAAGCCAGUAAAGCAGAGUUGUCCUCUGAGGAAAGUGAUGAAGAGAAUGUUCCUGAAGAGCCUUCAUCAGUAAGACCAAGUCGCCGUGCAAAGAUGGCUGCAAUAGAUAAAACAAAGCAGGAUCUGACUGCACUAAUGAACCAGGAGGCCAACGGUUCUUAAGAAGGUCCACUUUCGGAGCUAGUAUGCAUGUGAGCUUGUAUGACAAACUGUUCCCUUAUUUUUGCAAUUUUAAGAUUCUAGUAUGACCAGUUGGCUUAUGUCAAUAAUAGCUAAUAUUUGAAAGUUAGAAAAAAUACUAUGUGCAUUUUUCAGUCUAAAUAAAAGUUUAAAGCUGUAACACAGUUACUCUUAAAAAUGUCUGCAAGAGCUUUUAUUGUUCUAAUGAUUGAGACAGCUUCUUUGAAGGCAAGUAUAAAAACAGAAAAUACAACGUGUACAUAAUUUGUAUGUUUAUGUACAACAUAUAGCACCAGAUAACAAGGUUACAGUGGCCAAAACUUCAAAAUGGCAAGACAAUAUACAGAAGGCCUCCUGAUGAUUCUCAUAACAAGCUUCAUCUCCAGCAUUUGGUUGGCAUAGGUAUAAAGAUAUAAUGCACCAUUUUUGUCUGUACUUUUGCCACUUUAUGUUGGCACUGGGUAUGUAGAUGAUGUGGCUGAAUUUUUUUUUUUUUUAGCAGUUUCAGAACAAAUCCUCUAGCUGACAAGUACCCAUACACAAUGGUUUAAAUCUAAUAGAAUAAAAUAGGUGGGAAAUGAACAUACACUUUCUCAAAAAAGAUGCCUCUAAGGUGGUUCUUAACUUGUAUUGCACAGACGCAAGCCAGUCUUGUUACAGAGAACCUAAAUUAACUAAGAUGACAUGGACAGAGCCACAGAUUGGUAACACGCACAUCAGAUGGGAACUAGAGCUAACAUCACAGUAUUUAAAUAGAUAACUAAACAUGCAUGCUGUAGAACCAGUUUUAAUGUUUUUGGUAGGGGCUUAAAUGAAUGACAUGGUUUCAACAAUGGGUUAAUCAGUUUAGACCAUGCCUUGCCAGUAGAUUUCAGGAGGUAGGCGUCACAUACUGCAAUAUAUCAGAAAUUAAAGUUUGCACAACAAAAGUUCUUGUAUUGAAGAAACAAUAUGUGAAACAUUUGCCUCUUGAUCAUCUUAAAACAUUUUAAUAAAAAAAGAAAGAAAAUA